CCGGGACACGGUCAUUUUAUUACUACGGUGUGCUUUUUGCUGUUACAUCUACUUCUCGGCUGUCUGAGUUCAUCGCGCGCCAGCUGCUGCGCGUGGACUGUAUCCUGGACAUGUCACGUCCGACCAACGUGAACGUCCACAGAAGAAGGGACAUUCUUCUCUCCUGCAGCGACCCGCCGUGUCACGGAUACUGACUUCUCAUCGGAACUGAUCACACACCUUCCGCAUUCAGUCCGCUUUGGCCAGUUUUUGGAUGUCUCGAUGUUUUAAUCGAGUCGUUUUCUUGCUGGGGUAGCACGUGGAAGCCACACCGGCAACGACGCCCGCUCUGCGCUCUCCGACCACCGGCAUGUGCGCCUCGGAGAAUCACAGCGACGUGUCGGCCGCGCGCGCCAACGGCUCCACGUGCGCGCAGGUGAUCAUCCCGCACGAGGUGUUCCUGACCCUGGGCUUGGUCAGUCUACUCGAGAACGUGCUGGUCGUGUGGGCCAUCGUGAGGAACAGGAACCUGCACUCCCCCAUGUACUGCUUCAUCUGCUGCCUGGCUAUCUCGGACAUGCUCGUGAGCGCGAGCAACGUGCUCGAGACGCUCGUCAUGCUGCUCACCGAGCACGCGCUGCUGGCCUUCCGGCCGCGCCUGCUACAGCACCUGGACGACGUGAUAGACAUCUUGAUCUGCAGCUCCGUGCUUUCCUCGCUCUCCUUCCUGUGCGCCAUCGCGGCCGAUCGCUACAUCACCAUAUUCUAUGCGCUGCGCUACCACAGCAUCGUGACCGCGCAGCGCGCCGCAGUCGUGAUCGCGAGCAUCUGGACGGUGAGCGCCGUUUCCAGCACUCUCUUCAUCCUCUACCACACGGACGUGGCCGUGAUCGUGUGCCUCGUGGCCUUUUUCUGCUUCACGCUGGCGUUCACCGCCGCGCUGUACCUGCGCAUGUUCCUGCUGGCGCACGUGCACUCGCGGCGCGCGCCCCUCUCCCGCAAGAGCCGCCGCCAGGCGACGAGCGUGAAGGGCGCCGUCACGCUGAGCAUCCUGCUGGGCGUCUUCGUCGCGUGCUGGGGCCCCUUCUUCCUGCACCUCGUGCUCAUCCUCGCGUGCCCCGCAAGCCCGCGCUGCGCGUGCUUCUUCGGCCACUUCCAACUCUUCCUUGUCCUCAUCAUCCUCAACUCGCUCAUAGACCCCGUCAUCUACGCGUACCGCAGCCGCGAGCUGCGCAGGACCCUGAAGGAGCUCGUGCUCCACACCUGCUACUUCCCCGUGUCCGCGCGGUGAUGCGCCGCUGCGCGCGGAGGAUGGGCACGCGGACCACGUCCAACGCGCUUCGGAAGC